AUGGACUGGGACACACAAUGGGGAGAACAGCGACUUUCGACUCAGAUGAAAGAGGCGGCGCCUAUGGGUGAUAACGAGGUGCCGUUUGGAUACCUCGCUCGGUUUGAUGACGCUGUUAGCUCAGAGAAUAUUGUAUUUGUGAUGAAAGCUGGCAAGGUCUACAAGACUGGUGGCAAGCCAGUUGUUUAA